AUGAUGAUCCUAAUCGUUAGACUGAUUAAGGAUGAUCGUGAGGACGACGAGGUGGGAGGUUCAUUCUAUAACCACUUCACAUCGAGAGCUGACGCUUCAACAGUAAACAACAUGUUUCUAAUUAGGAGGAUGCUGAAUAUGCCCGGGAGCGCCGUGAAAAGCAUGAGGAAUCGAGGAGACACACCAAGCAGCGAAGAGGCGGCUAGAAUAAAGCUUAUGAGGAGGAAGAAAAGGGAAUUAGAUUCCAAAGAACGUACCUCAAAUGAUGAAUGUGAAACACAACAGAAAGAAGAUGAUCCAACGUCCACACAAUCUGGUAUGCCUCUUCAUGAACCUGGAAAAGGGUCAUCUAUCAAACGCCGAGAUCGAAAAUUAAAACGCGCUCAGGUGAAGGUUUUUGUAGAAGCAACCUUACGAAAAGGAGUUAAUGGUUUAGUAGCCGAAUUCAAAAGUAUGAAACGUACAAAUGACUUCACAGUAAUGACUGAAUUUGUAGCACAAACUGCUAAUGGUAGAAAUCGAUACAAGGAUGUUGGUUGUCUUGAUAAUCGUCGUGUUGUGUUGAAUAUUGGCAAUGUAUCCUAUAUUCACGCGAAUUAUGUAUCAACACCAAACAACUCUAAACGAUUCAUCUGUACACAAGCACCGCUACCCAAGACAUGUCCAGAGUUUUGGUGUAUGGUUGUACAAGAGAAGUCCUCCUCAAUUCUAAUGCUAUGCAAUUUCAUCGAACAGAAUGCAAAGAAGUGCGCUGAGUAUUUUCCAAUGCAAGAAGGUCAGAAUCUUCAGUUUGGGGACAAUGUUACGGUCACCUGUAAGAAACAAGAACCAUUCUCGUUUCCAUUUGAAACAAAAGUGAAAGUCCGUGUGACCAGUCUGGAAGUUAAUGUUAGUGGACAACCUACACACAUGUGUAAUCAUUAUCAAUGGAUAGAUUGGCCAGAUCGUGGAGUUCCAGAGGCGGAUCUUGCUCCAAUAGCUAUUCUAGCGAAACUGAAAGAAAGCACUGAACCAAUAAUCGUGCACUGCUCGGCGGGUAUUGGACGAACCGGCUGUAUGGUACUGAUCCAACAUGCCAUGGAAUUACUGCACAAGAAUGAACCUCUCCUAGAGAUUAAUGGUUACCUAUUGGAACUUCGAAAACAGCGAAAUAAUAGCAUCCAGACUGAGCAACAGUAUCUCUAUGUCCACCAAGUGAUUUUAUUGUACUUGAAGAGAGCGAAAUUUCUCGACGAAGUUGUAUAUCCUUACUUAGACGCGUUCACAAAGGAUUAUGCAGUAGCUACAAAAGAAAUGUUUGGCAUAGUUUUACUACUUCUGGUUUUGCAGUCAUCCAAGGCCGAAAAUGUGAAUAAAGCGGUCCAAACCGCCUACGCAUUGGAUUUGAAUGCACCGACAAGUCAAACAUCGUUCACGUGCAUAAGAAUCAAUCAAUACUCGGUGGUUUUUCUCAGAGGAUACUCACCUGAUGGACAAGGCGCUUUCGAUUCGAAUGUGAGCGACAACAUACAAAAUGCUUACAACGCUGGUCUCGGGAUUGAAGUCUAUAUGACGCCAAGUCUGACAUCCACAAAAACUGGGCCAGAACAAUUUCAAGAAAUGUAUAGAAACCUGGAAGGGAGAUUCGAUGUCCGAGCUAUAUGGUUACAGGUAACGAUGCCAGUAAAAUGGGAGCCAUACAUCUCGAAGAAUGUAGAAUUUAUCAGCAGUAUCAUCAAUGCGGCUAAAGCAAAUGGGUUAACGGUCGGGAUCUACACAAAUCCAUACGAUUGGAAACAAAUCACUAACGAUUGGACAGGUCCCACCAGCACUCUACUAUGGUACUGGAAUGUACUCGGAGCAGGUCCAAUGGCUGAGUCAUCAGAUGACUUCGGGGACUUCCAUCCAUUCAGCAUAUGGUCAAAUCCGUCCGUUAAACAGUUCGGACAACAGGAAAACAUAUGUGGACAAACUGUGAACAGGGAUAUCUACUCCAUAACCGCUAGCGUCGCUUCAAAACCGUCGACUGAUCAAAAUGGUCGAAUUCGAAUUGGUGGUUAUGUCUGA